AUGGAAACUUCAAAUUCUACUUCUACAAGCAACACGCAGUCUUCUUCAACAUUGCCGAAUUCGGCCUUUCCAAACCUGUCAUACUUUUGUAUAUAUAACCCUUCUUUUGGGCUUACCGAGGAAACCCAAGCAAACCAAUUACUUUAUUAUGUCGCCAAAAAAACCGUCCCGAUGGACAUGCAGAUGCGUCAAAUUGGCUUGGCACAGGGUUUGGUAAAUUUUACCAAGGUUUUUUCACCUGACAAGCCUUGUGAAAAUGUUCAUUCCCAGAAAAAUCGAUUGGCUUUUUAUGAACCGGAACCCGACUAUUGGAUACAUAUUUCGAUUGAAUUAGGGUACAUCAAAAAAACCAUUAAAGAUAAAGAUAGCAAGUCAAAAUCCGUCGUUGAAUUUCUUGACGCAAAUCUACAUGAUUCUAACAUUCGGCGGAUGUUAGAAAAGGGAUAUGAAAUAUACCGAAUUUUCAAUGGUCCCUUCAGUUAUACCGAGCGAACCGAAGGUGUAAAAGCACUAAAAAUUAAACUGGAAGAAUUUUUUUCGAAUUGGGUGUUUGAAUGGGAUUUUGAGAAACCGGAAUUAAAUAAAAUCAUCGAUGGUGUUCGUUACCAACCUCUUUCAACAGCAGCGAAAUCAGACAUUACGUCUUUUGCUAAGAAGAUCGAAACAGAAUACCCCUUUAUAUCGAGUACAAUCUUUAUUCUAUGGCAAGAUAGAUUAAUUUAUUGUGGGAAAGAUGAUGCUGGUAAUGGUAGUGAUAUAGUAGACGCCGAUAUUCGAGAAAUAUGGCGGCAUUUGUACUAUUUACCUUCUCUUAAAAGUUUCCCUCGCGUUGUACCCGGUGGACAUUUACUCUCUUAUUUCUCUGUCACUUCUCCCACAAAAGAGUCGCAAAAAGAUACCACUACAGACCAACCGUCAUCACCACCACCUGCUAGCAUUGAAAAGCCAGAAGACACUACUACAACACCACCACCUUUAUUAUCAAUACAAUCAAAUUUCCUGACGGAUCCUACCACAGAUCCAAAAGGGGCAGAGCAAAGAAUUAUCAACCCGAAGACCAUUUUCCUAAAAAAGCAAAUCGACCGAAGUAGAUUUGGGUUUAAAAAAAGGGGAAGUGGGCAUGAAAGUGAUGAGGAUCUUAAUCAGGACGAGGAAGAUGAUUUUGAGAAAUUUUAUUUGGUUGCGCAUAAUCAUGAUUCGUUAACACUCGCAUUUCUAAUACCGGUAACCUCGAUCGAAGGUACUGCGAAUAUAGAGAAGACUGAAUUCUAUUCUUCGCUGCACGAGUACUUACUACCACAAAUAGACGGUGUGUCAAAAGUAAUUGAGGAUGAGAUAGAGAAUUCGAGAAAAAUUGGAAAAUCGGAGCCAGAUAAAGAAUACCGUUUCUUAUUCUACAAUAAAUUGACAUUGGCAAUAAAAUGCUCAAUUAAUUCUUCGGCGUCGUCAAACAAUAUUUUAUCGUGGACUUCGGCUCCGAAAAAUUUGGCAAUAUCCGGUGAAAUGGCGCAUGUAUUGUGUGAUGUUUAUGAAGAUCUGGAAAAAUAUCCACAGUUGACCGAAAUUUAUACCAAAGCAACAAGCAACUUUUGGGUCGUUGGCAAAAGAUCCGAAGGGCGAUGUCUCUAUUUGGUGGUACCUAAGAGGGACGCCCCCAUGUUGGAAGUGGAAGGUUUGAAUUUGCUUAACGAUGACUCUUCAUUCAUGGCUGUAACUUGA